AAUUUUAAUGUUGACCUUUCCUGAGUUUCCAAGCUGAUCUAAGAUUUCCAGAAGCAACUCCCAAUCGUAUCAUCACAAUGAAAUUCUCUGCUAGUGAGAAGGCUGCUGUGCUUUCCAUGAUGGCCAAGAUUUCCCCCAAGGCUGGUGAUCUGGGUGCUGAGAUUUUACACAGGCUUUUGAUUUGUUGCCCCCAAAUGGAAAAAAAAUUAAAUUUUGAUGUGACUCCUGGCUCUGCUGACCUCAAGACACAUGGUGCAAAGAUUAUGAAUUCUCUUGCAAGUGCAGCCAAUCACAUGGAUAACCUUGCUGACAACCAGUCCUCCCUCAGUGACCUGCGUGCCUACAACCUAAGAGUGGAUCCAGGAAACUUUGCUCUUCUGAUUCAAGUUAUUCAGGGGGUCAUGGAUUCUCACUUCCAUGGAGAUCUCACUCCUGAGGUUCAGGCUGCCUGGAACAAAUUCACUGGUGAAGUUUCUGAAGUCCUCACCUCCGAGAACAAAUAGAUCCAUCUUACAUAAUAGACUAUAUCAGUAAUUACAGUAAGACAAAUAAUGUGCGAUGGGGAGUUCACUGGACUCAUUUAAUCACAACCUAGCAAUUGAUUUUUGAAAAUGAUUUACUUACAUAUAUUGUCUAUCAAUUAUUAAUACCUGGUGUAUUCUUGAUUAAAGCCCAAUAUAUUUUUAA